AUGAGUAAAAGAAAUGAAAAUACUGUUAAGAAAACUGAGGGAUGUAUUAAAAGAUUUCAAGAGUGGAUUCAGUCUCCUCCUAGGUAUGACAGCAGGGACGUUCUUCAGAUUCUGCCAUUUGAACUAGAUACAUACAUUGGUGGUUUUUUGCUUUCUCUUCAGAAGAAUGAUGGUUCUAAUUAUAAACCUGAUACCCUAACAAGCUUCCACAGGGGCAUCAACCGCUGUCUGAGGGAAAAUGGUUAUCUUGUCAACAUUCUAACCUCAGAUUUGUUCAGCACAAGUCGACAGGUACUUCAAUCUCGACGGAAAGAGUUAAAACAGAAAGGGCUUGGGAACCGACCCAAUAAAGCGCAACCUGUCAGUGAAAAUGAGGAGGAAAUAUUGUGGGAAUGCGGUCAGCAUGCUUUGCUGAACACAGUAUGGUUCAAUAACACUAAACGUUUGGGGUUCGGGGGAUGUUAUGAGAACAGACAAUUGAAAUGGGGAGACAUAGAAUUAAAAACAGAUGAAAAUGGGUCAGAAUACCUAGAAUUUAACGAAAUAACAACAAAAACAAGAGGCGGAAACAGUACUCACGUAAGAUCAUUUAAUCCGAAACAGUUUCAAAAUCCUGAAAUUAAGUGGCGAUGUCCAAUCGAAGCCUACAAAUUGUACGCCAAGCACCGUCCUCAGGCCAUGAAUACACCGGAGUCUCCAUUUUAUAUCGCUGUCAAUCAGAACAGCACUGGUGGAAAGUGGUUCAAAAACGAGCCAGUUAGAAGAAACAAACUCGGUGUAAUGAUGAAAACAAUGGCAAGUAACGCCGGUCUUACUGGGAAAAAAACAAACCAAUCCUUGAGAAAAACACUGUGUACAAAACUCAUCCAUUCCGGCGUUGCUCCUACGACUAUUAUGCAAGUAUCUGGUCACAAAAACGUAAAUAGUGUAAUUAACUAUGCCGUAGCUUCCUUAAACCAACAACGUGAAAUGUGCGAAACUCUUCAAAACGUGAAGAAGUCUGCUAUAUCUUCCAGUGUAACAUCCACAGUAUCACGUAGGCCAAUGGCGGAAACAUCACACAGUCAAAACCUACCAGCCGUCACAACUUGUCCCCGUGAGAAAGAGGUGCAAAAUCUUGCGACGGGAAUGUUUUCUGGUGCAAAUAUCCGUGGAGGAACUUUCAAUAUCUCCUUUCAAAUAUCAUCCCAGUCAAAAAAUACCACAUCUCACAGCAUGUCACCUCCUCGUAAGUACAGACGCAUAGCACAGCUACCCGACUCCGAUUCUGAUGACUGA